UAUAUAUAUAUAAAUACUAUAAAGUAUAAACCAAGCUCAUUAUACUCUCAGAAGAAGCUGGCAGUUGUUAUUGCUGUGUCUGCUUCUCCUUCUUCCAAGUUUCCCGCUUUAUGAAUUGUAUGAAAAUGAAUCUUUCUGAGUUUGCUUCUCUGUAACUCUGUCUCCAAAAGGGUCUCUCGUGCCAUAGCCUAUAAGGAUUGCAUUGUUCUCUUUUUUUUUUCUCGGUUUCUGAAAAAGUGGCAUUCCUAUAGCAGAUGAAUAACAACAGAGCACGCACCACUCUUCAGGCAAUGAAAGCUCCUUUCAAUGAUGGUCGCAAACAGGACAAGAUGGAAAGUAGAGGGAGCAAAGCAAUGCCUGCACAGAAAAAUGGGCGUGGAUCGAAUCGAGAAAGGAAAAUGGCUUUGAUACAAGAUGUUGAUAAGUUGAAGAGAAAGCUGAGACAUGAAGAGAAUGUGCAUAGAGCAUUAGAAAGAGCUUUCACAAGACCUUUGGGAUCUCUUCCACGCCUUCCUCCUUAUCUCCCUCCAUAUACAUUGGAGCUUGUGGCUGAGGUAGCAGUAUUAGAAGAGGAAGUGGUUCGAUUAGAAGAACAAGUUGUGAGUUUCAGACAAGGUUUAUAUCAGGAAGCUGUAUACAGUUCCUCUAAGAGGAAUCCUGAAAAUUCCAGUGACGAAAUUGAUAACAAUUCCAAACAUCAAAGGUCAAAAUCUUUGUCCCAAUGUGAGCUUAAUUCAUCAGCUAGUCCCAAUGGAAAACCAUUUCAUAUGAAACAAGAUUCGUUGUCAUCCGUCUUGGAGGAGGGAAGAGGAAAGGAGAAUAAGUUGUUUCAUAGCCCUGUGAAGAGCAAGCAAUCUCCAGAAAAGAAGGCUGCUAAAGUGAUUACUCCAGUAAGGAAAUCUCCAAUGAAACAGCAAUCAUCUGAGAAAUGUGUGGAUCACUUAAAGUUGCAGUUAGAGUGGAGAUUAGUAGAUCAAGAAAGAGCACAGAGUUCCUCAAGUUCGUCGGACGAUAAGGCACCGGAAGUUGAUAGCACACCCAACAGAGUUUCAGAGGAUCUUGUCAAGUGUUUGUGUAGCAUAUUUUUGAGAAUUGGCAAGGAAAAGGAACAGUUGAAUGAUCCUUAUGGUAUCUGUUCAGAUUCCAAAACAAGAAGAGAUGUUGGUGCAUACAAUAAUCUGUGUGAGAUUAAAGCCUCCAAUGUUGAUCUCAACCGAACAACAAAUGCAGUGUUUCUGAUCCACAGAUUAAAGUUUCUACUUGGGAAGCUUGCUUCUGUGAAAUUGAAGGGUCUUACUCAUCAAGAGAAGCUUGCAUUCUGGAUAAACACAUAUAAUUCCUGCAUGCUGAAUGUAAGAUAUUAAAGCAUUGGUUUGAUCAAAUUAACUAAGAUUAUAAAAUGGUUAUUAUGCUAGGCAAGAAUAAUAGUUGGGGGCCAAUUGUUCAAUGCAAUCACAAUAGAGCACUUCAUUUUGAGACUACCUUAUCACCUCAAAUUUACGUGCCCAAAAGCUGCAAGGAAUGAUGAGAUGCAAGCACGAAGCAUAUUUGGGUUGGAAUGGUCUGAGCCAUUAGUUACCUUUGCACUUUCCUGUGGAAGCUGGUCUUCCCCUGCGGUGAGGGUGUACACAGCAUCAGAGAUAGAAAAUGAGUUAGAAGCAGCAAAGAGGGAUUAUUUGCAGGCGUCAGUUGGGAUUACGAAGACAAAGAAGCUAAUGAUACCAAAGUUACUGGACUGGUAUUUACUUGACUUUGCAAAGGACAUGACGUCAUUGGUGGAUUGGGUGUGCCUCCAACUACCCUUUCAACUCAGAAAGGAAGCAAUUGAAUGCCUUGGCGGAAGGGGAACACAUUCGGUGCAAGUCAUGCCCUAUGACUUCCGUUUCAGGUUGCUUUUACACCAUUAACACUUGCUACACUCUUCACUCAACUCUUCCAAGGUUUCCGGAGUUUUGUACAUUGGAUAGUUCACAUAGAAAGUACAGAUUCAAAAGCAUGUAACCUUUUUAUUUUUUAUUUAUUUAGUAAAGGGUUUUUGGCCUUUAGGACGUUGCAGUUGGCAUUAGUUGUAAUGCUUUUAUAGGCAGUUCCAGUAAUAAGCGCAAGUGUGGUUAAACGUUAAGGGUGUAUGAGCUUGCAUCACUCUAGUUAUUAAUCUAAUAAAACAUUUGUGUAGGUAGGCAAGUGCCACCUUCUGUUUGCUUUUCAA